AUGUCUUCACCCUGGGUCCUCCUCGACAACAACCCCAACACCACCAGCAUCUUCACAGCCGGAGGCCAACUCUACCAACUCCAUUCCAACGGCAACAUCUACCAAUGGAAGGGCGAAAGAGACUGGGAUCUUCUCGAUUCCAACCCGAAUACCGUUCAGAUCACCGCGGGAGACGGUCUUCUCUUCCAGCGACACAAUAACGGGGCUAUAUACCGCUGGAAAGGCGUGCCUUAUUCUUGGGAAUUGAUUGACAAUAACGCAAACACGGUGCAGAUUGCAGCUGGUGAUAAUAAGCUAUAUCAAAGGCAUGCGAAUGAGUUGAUUUAUCGAUGGAAGGGAAAUGCGUAUGACUGGGAGUUGUUGGAUGGGAAUCCAGGCACGGUCAAUAUAGUCGUGAGUGACAAUGGGACGAUUUACCAGCAACACAACGAUGGGGGAAUCUGGGUUUUUGAAGGAGGGACCUGGGAGAAUCUGGAUAAUAAUGCAAACACGGUCGAGGUUGUUGCUGGUGAUGGCCAUGUGUAUCAGCGUCAUGCAGAUGGGGGUGUGUAUAGAUACUCCAGCCAGCUUCAGCAGUGGGAAUUGUUGGGUUCGAAUCCGGCCACGAUCGGACUGGCUGCUGGUGGGAAUACGCUGUACCAGCGUCAUUCAGAUCGGAUUUAUCGGUCUACUGGAGGUGGUUUGGAAGAGGUUGACCAUUCGACUGGGUCCGCAAUCGUGCAGAUUGUGGCGGAUUGGUCGAUUCUGUAUCAGCUUCAUGCGGAUGGAUCCAUUUGGAGACGCGUUUUCUAG